AUGCUCUUCUCCGAGGUAUUCGUCAUCGUCGUGGCCUGCAUCAUGUGGGGUCUCACCUCCCUCGGCAUGGCAGUCUACUACCACCGCCUCCUACCACUCGAAGCCCGUCGGCACUCGCCAACCCUCCAAAACAGCAGCUUCCUGUCAACACUUGUUUCAACCUUGCUGUUUAUUGCCGCCUUCGUCUUCUGGCCCAUCAUCGCCCUCUGGAACCUCUGCGCCCGAUCUCCCGCCAUCGUCAGAGGGACGACAUGCUGCGGUUCAUACAUGUUCGGAGGAAGACCCAAGGCUGGAUGCUGCGGGUGCAGUUGCAUCUCGUGCGAACCCUGCAUCAGCGACGAGGUGUACGAGAUGGAGAAGACCCGAAAGGAGGAGUCAAGACGGAUCGUCAACGUUCAGAGCGUGCAGCCGGCCAUGCAGCAGACGAUGGAGAUGAGGCCGUAUUCCGCUACCUCUACCGCCCAGGAGAAGCGGGUCGUCGAAAGUACUGAGUCUCUGACUGAGAGCGCCCAUACGACACCGAGGGUCGACAAGGAUUGA